UGUGCGACUGUUCACCAGGCCCGGGGCCACACCCCGUCCCCAGGUGGAGACUACCUGUAGGGAGACAGUCAUAAAGAGUUCGCAUGUGGUUCAUGUUCUCCUCCUGCGGCAACUAGGUAUUUGAGGAGGUGUUUAAUAUGGAGCAGUGUAUGAGGAAGCCAGAGGUCAGAAAAACUGCCAAACCACCGCCACCAAAACCAUCCCCAAAGCCCAAGCAGGAUGCUCCCGCGCCCCCCCCAACCGAACCGGGCCGGACCCAGCAGCUCAUCCGGAGGAUAGAGAUGGCCAAGGAACAGGGUAAUGGAAACCCAGUGCAGGCAGAGACCGGAGGAAGACCUGUGGCUCCACCCCGACGGGCUGAGAGGGAAGCUACGAUAACAGACCAAGCCCCCACAGAAGACUCAAAACAGAGAUCCCAACUUGGAGCAUUUCAUAAGAGCCAGAAGGAGAAGACUCCUGCCUUUACAAGCACCGUGGGUAAGAACGCUGAGACCCAAGAUAAAGCCCAAGAUGGCCCCUCCAUGAAGAGUGGGAAGCAGUAUUCCAGCGACGAAGAAACAUCAGAAGAGGAGCAGUCUUCUGAGAGCCACCGGCCUGAGAAGCACACAGAUCCCAAGCCUGAAAAAGGAAAUAUCCUGUCUGGCAUAUUCCGGAAAAAAACGAAAGACACCUCGCCAUCUCCAUCAUUAACGGUCAGUGCAGCAGAUGCAGAGCCUGCUGACGAGGACAUCGUCUCCCCUGAAAAUCUUGGUGUUGCCAAGGAGGUUUCGGAGAGCAAUGACAGUCUGUCUGAAAACAACCCAAAGGUAAAGGAAAAGAAGGGCAUUUUCGGCGGAAUCCUCCGGAAGACCCCGAAGCCGUCAGAGGCAAAGGACACGCAGUCUCUCUCCAGCGAGCUUUCAGCCAGCAAUGACAGUCUGUCUGAGACCGCCAAGACCACGAAGGACAAAGGAAGCAUCUUCAGUGGGAUGUUCAAAAAGGACCCUAAGCUGUCAUCUGACAGCGGCCAGCCACAACAUGGGGAGGAACACUCGCUCCAGGGUAAGCUCUCGGGCAGCAGUGACAGUCUGUCAGAAAACAAGGAGAAAGGCCACCUGUUCAGUGGACUCCUCAAAAAGAUUCCCAAAGCACCGAGGGACAGCCAGGAAGACCUGUCCGGGCAGGGAGAGCUGUCCAAUGACAGUCUCUCUGAACAGAAACAACCCAAGGAGAAAGGAGGUGCUUUCAGUGGAAUGUUCAAGAGAUCGAUUAAACAUGACGAACAGUCCCUGAAUGAGCUGGCGGCAAGCAAUGAAGGUCUAUCGGAAAAUAGCAUGGGGAGUCUCGCUGGGCAGAAGGAGCUUUCAGAGAGCAACGACAGCCUGUCUGACACCAAAAAGACAAAGGAGAAAGCUAAACCGUUCAGUGGAAUGUUCCGGAAACCCAACCAAAGCAAACCAGUAGACGCUGCUCAACCGGAGGAGGAUAAAGAGUCAACAAACCGUGAUCUCCUGGCUAGCAACGAGAGCUUAUCAGAGACCAAGGAAAAGGGAGCUUUGUUUGGUGUAAUUCUGAAGAAGACUCCCAAAGCCACCGUAGACGCCACCGAGGACAAAGAGGUCGACAAGAAACUCCCGGUCAGCCAUGACAAUCUCUCUGAGGGUAACACUGUAAAGGAGAAACACAUCUUUGGCGGUAUCUUUAAGAAGCCCCAGAAGACGACGCAAGAGGAGAGCUCCGAUGACGAGGAGUCGAACCCGCCUGAAGAUGACUUCUCGGCUAUCUUCAAAGAUCUCUCUGAGACAACAACUCAGAAGGAGAAGGGAGGGCUGUUUGGUGGGUUUCUCAAGAAGACCCCCAGAGCCACCGGCGACGACACAGAGGAGAAAGACAGCGAUAAGGAAAUCACCGGCAGCAAUGACAGUCUGUCUGAGGGUCGCCCCGCAAAGGAGAAAAGCAUCUUUGGCGGUAUCUUUAGGAAGCCCCAAAAGCCAACACAAGAGGACAGCUCCGAUAGAGAGGGGUCGAACCAGCCUGAAGAAGACCUCUCGGCUAGCUGUGAGAAUCUCUCUGAGACCACAACUCAGAAGGAGAAGAAACCAGGAUUUUCCGGAUUAUUCAAAAGGACGGCCAGCAUCGACAACCUCGACCAUGAGGAGAAAGAAGGACUGUUUGGUGGACUUCUCAAGAAGACCCCCAGAGCCACCGGCGACGACACAGAGGAGAAAGAUGGCACAAAGGAAAUCACCGCCAGCAAUGACAGUCUGUCGGAGGGGAAUGCUGCCAAGGAGAAACACAUCUUUGGCGGUAUCUUUAAGAAGCCCCAGAAGCCAACGCAAGAGGACAGCUCAGAUAAAGAGGGGUCCAACCAGCAUGAAGAAGAAAAAUCAUCUAGCUGUGAAAAUCUCUCCGAGACCACUAAUCAAAAGGAGAAGAAAGGAGGUCUUUCCGGUUUAUUCAAAAGGUCCGCCAGCAUCGACAACCUGAAUGACAAUGAAGAGAAAAGUAUUUUCAGUGGCAUUUUUAAGAAGCCAGCAAAAGCCUUGGAAGGGUCUACAGCUGACGAGGAUAUUGAAGGAAGAUUAUCCGUCAGUGGUGAUGAACUUUCAGAAACAGCCAAGGAGAAAACGGGCGGGAUCUCUGGCAUGUUCAAACGCUCCCCCAAACCAGCUCCACGUUCCCUGGUCGCCAAGGACCCGCUCCAAAACACAAAUGAACUUGGCGAGAGUGACGAUGAAAGUCUGCCAGUGAAGGAUACGAAGACUUUACUGUCCGCCAGCAAUGACAGUCUGAACGAGGUUUCCACCACAAAAGAGAGGAUGAGAGCUUUUGGUGGGAUGUUCAAGAAGGCCCCAAAAGCAGUGGAACAACUGGACGAUGACGAGCCAAGACCACUAGGGGGCGGUAGAGGGCUUAAGCGCAGAAAGACCAUCACCAGGAAGAAACGGGUCGUGUCAUUCAGAGUCAAACGGACUCUUCCAAGAACAGCAAAGAGCUCCGACCUGCUCCCUCUGAUGGAGGAAGAGAGUGUGGAGAUGAGGGAGAUGACCCCCUUCCAGGAGGACUCAGUCGAGAUCCAGAAUGUGGAGAUGGCAGCCUACCCCACUGAGGAAAACAACCGCGAUGCUGAGGAGAGCGAUGAGCUGAUGGAGUGGUGGAACGGGGUCGUAGGUUGGGCAGAAUGGAACGAGACAUCAAACUUUCAGGAGGAAGAUGAGGAACGGGCGGUGGAGCAGGCGGCCGACCGUCUGUUCAUGGCCGCCCGGCUCUUCGUGCGUAUCUUCAACCAGCGCGGGGCGUCGCUGCAGCAGCGCAUCCUGGAGCUGCUGGCCCAGGCGGACGCCGCCGACCAGUUCCACAAGCGCACCGUGUCGGCGGCGGUGGGCGGGGGCGUGGCCAGCGUGGUGGGCAGCGUGGCCACCAUCACCGGGCUCAUCCUGGCGCCGUUCACCUUCGGCGCGUCCAUCAUCGUGACGGCGGUGGGCAUCAGCGUGGCCACGGCGGGAAGCAUCGCCUCGGCGUCGGCCAACAUCACGGACGCCGUGCACUCCAACAUGGACCGCAAGAAGGUGGAGAAGAUGAUCCAGGGGUACCAGGACGAGAUGGAGGACAUCAGCGAGUGCCUGGCCUUUGUGCAGGAAGGCAUGGUGACCCUGCAGGAGUGGGACUUCGAGAAGUACUCCCAGAGCGCCGCCAAGAAGGCGCUGAACCACAACAUCAAGCACGUCAUCAAGGAGGGCGGGCGCGCGGGCAAGGCCCUGGUGAUCAAGACCAACGAGCUCAUCAGCACCGUGCAGAUUCUGGGCGCGGCCGGGGGCGCGGCCAAGGCGGCGCAGGCCAUCAGCGUCACCACGGGCGUCAUGUCGGCGCUCUUCCUGGCGCUGGACGUCUUCUUCCUGGCCAAGGACUCGCACGAGCUGCGCAAGGGCGCCAAGACCAAGUUCGCCAAGAAGAUCCGGGAGGUGUGCACGGAGCUGCAGGCGGGCCUCCUGGAGCUGAACAAGGUGAAGUCGCAGCUGCAGAAGACCAUGGACGGCAUCGAGCUGGAGGAGGUGGAGGAGAUCCUGGAGGUGGAGGAGGAGGUGGACGAGGAGGAGAGCGCCGACGAGCUGGAGUCGGACCCCGCCAAGCUGGCCCAGAUGUACGAGGAGCUGGACGUCAUGGAGGAGAAGCUGGACAAGAGGGCGCUGGAGGAGAAGGAGCAGAGGGAGAGGGCGCAGAGGGAGAAGGAGCAGAAGGAGAAGGAGGAGAAGGAGAGGGCGCGCAGGGAGAAGGAGCAGAAGGAGAAGGAGCUGAAGGAGAGGGAGGAGAAGGAGAGGGUGCAGAGGGAGAAGAAGGAGAAAGAGGAGCAGGAGAAGAACAAGAAGGAGAAGGAGGAGGUGAACGACAGCAGCAGGUCGGCGAAGGGGACCAAAGCCCAGAGCGAGCGGGAGCGGAAGAGGGAGAGCGCCGAGGCGGAGAGCGCGACCGCGCCGGGCAGUCAGAAGGAGCCGGCGGGAGGAAAGAAGGCGAAGGAGGCGGAGAACAGAGCCACGACCCAGAGGGAGCACGCCACCGGAGGGGACACAGCGGAGAGGGCGACGGGGGACCACGGGAAGGGCAAGGGCGAGAAGAAGGAGAGGGACGGCAUCGGGAAAUGGCUGGGGGGCCUGAGACGAGGGGGCGGGACGGAGGCAAAGAGCGGACCGGAAGUAAAGAGCGGACCGGCAGUAAAGAGCGGACCAGAAGUAGAGAGCGGACCGGAAGUAAAGAGCGGACCGGAAGUAAAGAGCGGACCGGAAGUAAAGAGCGGACCGGAAGUAAAGAGCGGACCGGAAGUAAAGAGCGACCCGGAAGUAAAGAGCGGACCGGAAGUAAAGAGCGGACCGGAAGGUGAGCGUCAGGCGGAGAGGAGUGAGGAGAAGCUCAGCGCGGCGCCGAAGGAGAGCGUGGCGGAGAGGGCAGACCGCAAGAUGUUCCACAUCUCGCUGGGCUCCCGCAGAGAAACCCACAGCCGCCUGCUGGCCAUGUAG